GCCGAAUCAAAUGUAAUUCAAAACAAUUCAAUACAAGUAAUAACAUAUCAAUAAAUACAACGAUAGGGAUUCAUUUAUAAAUGAAUUACAUCAUACAUUACAUCGUACAGUAUUUUAAAUUUUAUUAUAAUUAGUGAUGAAAAAUGAUGCCAAUCAAAGAUAAUGAAGAUGUGGCAUGUUUUUAUGUCACUAAACAUUCAUGGAAAGGAAAAUACAAACGAAUAUUUUCAAUUGGUACCUUAGGGAUAACAACAUAUAAUCCAACAAACUUAGAAGUAACAAAUCGUUGGAUCUACAAUGAUAUUAUUAAAAUAGAACCAAUUACAACAAACUCCAGUGGAUUUAUAUUAACAAUGCGUAAAGAUAAAAAAGUUGAUACAAUGCGUUUCUCAUGUGAUUAUCGUACAGAAUUAUUAACGGAUACACUAAAAGCAUUAUUAAUUAAUAAAUCAAUACAGACGAAUAAAUAUAAUGGAUAUAAGUUACAUUGGUCACAAACAAAAUUACCUUGUAUGUUUGAAAUAACAUCGUAUUCGUUGAAUCAAUUGGAUCCAACGACUAAUGUAGUGUUAACGUCAUAUUAUUAUAAAGAUUUAGAAGGUAUUGCAUUUAUAUCAGAUGUGGAGAAUGGUUUUGUGAUUGUGUAUGGAGGCUAUGGACGUUUACAUUUGUUUAUAUCAGCUAAUAGACAAGAGAUUAUUAAUAAAAUGAUUGAACAGUCACAACAACAUUUAGGUAUGUAUCAUCAGAAACUAGCUAUAAAAAUAUUAAAAAAUUAUUCUAUAACAUUAGAUGAAUGUCAAAUACAACGUUUUGGUAAAUAUUCAACACCGACGUCAAAUGGUUCUGACGAUUUAAUAUUAUUAAACUUACAAUCAAUCAAUGAAUUCAUCAUUUAUAAAGUGAAUAAUGAGAGACAUAAAGAGCCUGUUAAACGUAUUUUAUGUUUAACAGAAACAUGUUUAAUUGAACGUGAUAUACAAACAUACUCAAUAUGUACACUACAACCAUAUACAUAUAUUUAUGCAUUGAUACGUGAUAUUAAUAAUCCACAAUUAUUUUAUGUUGAAUAUAUAACAGGUAUAAAACGUGUAUAUACAUGUUCAAUUGAUCGUGAUACACUCUUAUCAACACUAUUAGAUUCAAUACGAAGUAGUGGUAAUUAUAACAUCCAUAUAAAAUCAUAUUUAACUGUACGUGGUAAACGUUACAUACCAUUUAAGUAUCAAUUGGAUGAUGAUAUUGAAUUAUUACAUAUAAAAUAUUUAAUACAAAGUGGUUUAAGUCUUACAAAUAAUGAAACAAAUAAUACGAACAAGUUUAAUAAUAUUAAUACAACAUAUACAUUUUAUGAUAUGUUAGAACGAUUUAAUACAAAUAUACCGUAUACAGGAUUGUUGUAUACGUAUAUACAUAAUGAAGGUUUAUUUAGUGAGAAUAAGGAUAAAUUGUUAACGAAUGUGUUGUUAUUGUUGGCGAAUAAUAAUAAUAAUGAACAAUUGACUAUACAACAAUUGGAGUUACAGUUUCAUGCGUUAAGACGUUUAUGUGCGACCAAAAUUGGUUUUACAUCUUUUACACAUUUAAAUGGUUUCCGUGAAUCAAUUGGCAAUAAAAUAAUAUUUGCAUUACGUAAACAAGAUCCAAGUGUAACAUAUGCAUCUAUUGAUAUGCUUUGCUCAUUAAUGCAUUACUCAUCAAUAAACAGUAUCGAUGAGCAACAUGAUUUAAGACAAGAACAAUUAAAUAAAUCAUCAUUGCUACAAUCGAAUAAGUUCUUAGACCAAUUGUUGAACAUGUGGAUUGAUCAUAUUAAUUAUAAUACUGGAGCAUUAAUUAUUAAUGCUAUGUUGGAUUUUUUAACGUAUGCAUUAUGUGUACCAUAUUGUGAAACAACGGAUUCAAAACAUUUUGAUAAUUUAUUAGAAAUGGUUGCAGCACGAGGAAGAAGUUUAUUUAAAUUAUUUCAGCAUCCAUCAAUGGCUAUUAUUAAAGGUGCGGGGUUAAUAAUGCGUGCUAUCAUUGAAGAAGGUGACGAUGAAAUAGCCCUACGUAUGCAACAUUUGGCAUUAGCAGAAGGUAUAUUACCUAGACAUUUAUUAACUGCGCUAUAUACAAGUGCUCCCACAACAACUACUGAUAAUACCACUUACUGUACUACAAGAUUACUAACGCAUAGACAAUUAUCCCGCCAUUUAAUUGGUUUAUGGGUGACUGGUAAUCCUAUUGCCAUGGGUGUAUUAAAACGUAUACUACCUAUUGGUCUGCUACACUAUUUGGAUUCAAAUGAACAAGUGACAAAUGAUAAUGCAGAUGAUAAAUUGUUAAAUGUACGUGAUAAUUUAAAAUUAGCACAAGAUGAUUUUAAAUUGAAACAAAAAUCACAACAAUGGUUAACAAUCGAACGGCAAAUUAAAAAUGUUGAAAAACAUUUGGAACAUUAUACGGAGUUAGCGAUACAGCAUUGGAGUAAUUUGCGGGCGACAUCAGGAACCAGUACUCCAACAAAUAUCAAUAUAAACAAAUUAAAACAACAACAAUUACAACAAUUAAAAGAUAAACCAAUUGUUUUACGUAAACGUAGACAACAAAUUAAAAGUGAAUCAAAUUGGAGAUUAUUUUAUUUAAAAUUCAACGAAAACAUUGAAUUACCAAACUUAAUAUGGAAUCAUAAAACACGUGAAGAAUUAAAACUGGCAUUAGAAUAUGAAAUCCGUUCAUAUCAAUUGGAUAAAGAUCUAUCAAAUGGUAUUUUAAUUGCAUGGAACUAUCAAGAAUUCGAGGUCCAUUAUCAAUGUUUAUCUGAUGAAAUAAAAAUUGGUGAUUAUUAUUUACGGAUAUUAUUAGAGCAAAGUGAUACAAAUCGUAUUAAUUUAUUAAAUAUUCGUAAAUCGUAUGAAUUCUUUAAUGAUUUAUAUCAUCGAUUUUUAUUAACAAAUAAAUUAGAGUUAAAGUGUUAUUGUUUACAUGCAAUGACAAUUGUUUAUAAUGAAUAUUACGAGGACAUUGGACCAUUUAAUGAUAUCAAAUAUAUGAUUUUAAUGUUAGAAAAAUGUACAGAUCAUGUGGAACGUGAUCGAUUGAUUAUGUUUAUCCAAAAAUUAAUAUUAAAUAAAAAAAAUGUUCAUUCAUUGAUUCAUACGACAAAUAUGUGCCGAAUUUUAUUAGAUUUAUCAUUAUUAUCACAUUUAAGUUUUAAUUUAAAUAAGAAUAAUAAUUUUAUGAAGCUAAAUAAAGAUGAUGAUGAAUUUGGUAAUCAAUCUGCAACAACUAUUGAAGCUAAUGAUGCGUUAUUAAACGAUAAUAAUCCAUUGAAUAAGAUUAAAGAAUGGUAUUAUACGAAUACAAAUAAUAAGGAACGUGAUGGACCUUGUACGUUUAAUAAGUUAAAACAAUUGUUUCAAACGAAUGUGAUUACAACACGAACAAAAUGUUGGGCACAGGGUAUGGAUUCAUGGAAGUUAUUUUAUCAGAUACCACAACUUAAAUGGUAUAUCAUGUAUAAUAUUACAAAUAAUACUGGUACAAGCACUUUGUUGAAUGAUAUUGAUUUAACGAUAUUAAUAUUAAAUAUAUUCAUUAAAAUGUGUGAUUAUUAUCCAAGUCGUGAUAGUGAUAAUGCAAUAAUUCGACCAUUACCAAAAAUCAAACGUAUAUUAAGUGAUCAACAAUGUUUAUCACAUAUUGUACAAUUAUUAUUAACAUUUGAUCCUGUGAUAGUUGAAAAAGUAUCAACACUAUUGUAUUUAAUUAUGUACGAUAAUCCAGAUAUAUCAAAAAUCUAUUUAACUGGUGUCUUUUAUUUUAUAUUAAUGUAUACUGGAUCAAAUAUUAAACCAAUUGCAACAUUUUUAAAGUUAACACAUUUAAAGCAAGCGUUUAAUACAUCCACAACGACGGAUUCCGAUUCGAGCAAUGCAACAAGUAUUAGUGAUAUUGUACAGCGAAGUAUUUUAGGACAAUUAUUACCAGAGGCAAUGAUCAAUUAUUUAGAGAAUCAUGGUCCUGAUAAGUUUUCACAAAUAUUUUUAGGUGAAUACGAUACACCUGAAUCAAUAUGGAACAGUGAUAUGAGACGAUUAUUAAUAAAUAAAAUAGCUGGACACAUCAGUGAAUUUACCGAACGUUUACAUUGUAACAUUCAAAUCCGUUAUCAAUACAUCCCAAUACCAGCGAUACGUUAUCCACAACUUGAAAAUGAACUAUUUUGUAACAUUUAUUAUUUAAAACAUUUAUGUGAUACAAACAAAUAUUUAAAUUGGCCAAUAAAACAACCAAUCAAACUAUUAAUCGAUGUAUUAGAUUUAUGGCGAUCAGAAGUCGAUAAAAAACCAUCAACUAUUAAUGUAAUCGAUGCUUAUAAAAUAUUACAACUUGAUGAUUAUAUUGAUCUACAAACCAAUAAAAUUAAGACACAAAUUACCGAUGAUAUUGUACGUAAAGCGUAUUAUAAGUUAGCACAAAAAUAUCAUCCAGAUAAGAAUCCACAAGGACGAGAACAAUUCGAACAGAUUCGACAAGCGUAUGAAUAUCUAUGUUCACGUAAAGUAUGGUAUGAUAUACAGAAUCAAUCAAAUAAAAACAGUAAUAUUAAUAUAAAUAACAUUAUAUUAAUUUUAAAAACACAAAUUAUUUUAUAUAAACGUUAUUAUAACGAUUUAAAAGAAUAUAAAUAUGCUGGCUAUGAUCAAUUAAUCAAAACAAUUAAAUAUGAAACGAAUAAUAAUGAGUUAUUUAAUUUAGACUCACAACAAUCGCAACAAUUGUUGAUCAAUGCGAUUGAAUUAUGUUAUUCAACAGUGAAAUAUUCAAAAUUAAAUAUUGAAGAGUUACAUCGUAAUCAACAUGGUUUAGAUAUUUUAUUGUUAACGUUUAAUCGAUCAAUAUCAAUUAUAACGAAAUCAUCGAAACCGACCGAUUUAAAUAUACUAAUUUUAAAGUAUACAUGUAAAUGUUUUUAUAUUGCGUCGCAAUUUACAUUGUGUCGGGAUCAUUUUAUUACGAAACAACAAUUUAUUUAUGAUAUAUUGUCAGGAAUGAUGGACUCAAGUGAACAAAAGUUCUUUGAACGUUUCAAUUGCAUUUGUUCCUUCUCUAGUGAUAAUAAAUUAUGUAUAAAUGUAAUAAAAUGUAUUUGUGCAUUAUCCUACGAUUCAAUAUUACAAAUGCAAUUAUUAAAAUCGGGUGUUUUAUGGUAUUUAUUACAAUAUAUAUUUAUUUACGAUUAUACAUUGGAUAAAAAAUCAGAAACAACUACCAACGAUAUGAGUGAACAACAAUUAAAUAAUUUAUUAUCAAAAUAUUCAAUAAUAGCCUUAAUAAAAUUAGGUGGAUUUAUACCAGACGAUACACCGAAUAAUAAUGUUAUACAAACAAUCUUACAAUCGUUAUUAACAACAUAUAUAUGUGAACAAUUUAAAUUAAUUAAUAAAGAUGAUUUAAUAAUUGAUAAUCAAUCAUUAAUUAAUAAAAAUGAAUCGUUAAAUACGAUAUUAAAAUUAUUAAAUACAAGUUGUGAGACACCAUAUUUUAUUUGGAAUCAUUUAACACGAACAGAAUUAAAUGAAUUUAUUUUAGAUAAAAAAUUAAAUUCAAGAGCCAAUAAUAAUGAACAAUUAAAUAUCACAGAUGAAUUAAUUAAAUCAUCGGUUGACUUUAAAUAUAAAACGCUCUCUAAUGAAUUAGUUAUAUCAAAUAUAUAUAUACGUGUUUAUAAUCAACAAUCAACUACAACAAUUAUACAACAAAGUCAAAAUUUUGUAACGGAUUUAUUAAAAAUUACGUUAUCGAUAACAAUGGAUGAAUUAAUUGUAUGUAAUAAUCAAUCGAAUGUAACAUUAUUAUUUAAUAUUUUAUAUCAUAUAAAUAAUGAUGUGAUUAAGAAAUUAACAUUGGAUAUUAUUAAUAUAAUAACAAGAUCACAAGAAUGUGUACAAAUUAUAUCACAGAAUAAGGAUCAUAUAUAUACAUAUUUGUUGUUAUUGUUGUAUCAACAAUGUGAUCAACAAUUGUAUAUAUUACAAAUUGUAUAUUUGUUAAUAUCGAAUACAAGAUCUAUACAAGAGUUUUUAAAUAAAGGUAUCUUAUUAUAUUUAUUAGAUUUAUAUUGUAAUUCAACAAUACUAGAUAUUCGUGAACAAUGUGGUAUCAUAAUAGCACGUAUGAUCAACGAUAAAUUAAUCGGACCACGUAUUAAAUUAAUGAUUAAUAAAUUUAUACCAUUAAUAUUUAUUGAUGCACUAUUAGAUAAUAAUGUUAAAGAAUCAAUAACAAUGUUUGAUUCAGAACAUGAACAUCCUGAAUUAAUAUGGAAUCUUAAAUUUAAAACUAAUAUACAAUCAAUUAUUAAUAAAUUACGUAAAGAAUUUCAACAAUUACAAAUUAAUAAUAUACAACAACAGUGGAUACAACCUGAUAAUAAAACACCAUUGUACUUGAGUGGUAUGACUGGUGGUGAUGGAACAAUUGAACAAUUUAAUAGUGAUCAAUUAAUUAUUAGUGGGGUGUAUUUAAAUAUAUUUAUUAAGAAUCCAUCAUGGACGUUACGUAAACCUAAAGAGUUUUUGUCGGAGUUAAUGGAUGCGUAUAUACAGAAUAUUAAUAAGGAUGUUUUAAAUAUUGACCACAUAAAUUUAAUAACUCAAUCCAUAUGUGCAUUAUUACUAGCACAGCCAACAUUAUGUGAUAAUAUACCAUCAUUCGGACAUUUACAACGGUUAUUACAAUUAAUUACAACAAUUAAAACAAAUACCACUGAACAUAAACUAUUAAUUUAUAAGUCAUUUAUUUUAAUAUUACAUCAAGUAUCAUUAAAUGAGUUAUGUGUAACAACAUUAAGUAAAAUAGAUAAUUGUAUGUUUAUUAUAAAACAAGUAAUGCAAUUAAAUAGUGAUCUAAUUGGUGUUGGAUGUGAAACAUUAAAUAGAAUAUUUACAAAUAAUAAUACAAUGAAUGAACAUGCACUAAUUAAACAAUUAUUAUCAAUUGAUAUGAUUACAUAUCUAUUAAAAUUAUUAUCAAUCAAUACAGUUGAUAAUACAACCAAAGCAUAUAUUGUUAAAAUUAUUAAAAUUAUUGAAGUGAAUUCAAUGUAUGGUCAGAGGAUACAGACAACAUUCUUAAAUUCAAAUACAACAUGGUCACAAUAUAAAGAACAGAGACAUGAUUUAUUUAUAUCGAAUCAUUGUUCGAAUAAUACUUAUAACUAUUUAACUGGUAAUACAACACCAUCAAAUGCUGGUUAUUUAACACAAGGUACAGAUACAACACAAUCAUUAUCUACAGUACCACCGCCAUUAGAGGAUGACGAUGAUAACGAUCCUAUAAAUACUAGUAAAAAUGAUUUUAUUUGAUUUACUUUAUUCUUU